AACAUGAGCCUCUUCGUGACAUCCUUCCUCCUCCACCACUGCACUUUGUUGUUAUUCGCGAUGUGUCAGUUGUUGGUCGGUUGACGUGUGUCAGCCCGUUGCGCGAGCUGUCACACACGCAGAAUGAAAGCUUAAUUAAUCCCUCGUGCACCAUUCUUUGCGAAACCGAUCGUCACGUAGGAUGCUGCGAAUUUGCUUUCCUUGGACGGAAGAACGGUCGGUCGCGCCCAGAAAGUGACAAACCAUGGACAAGACCGCGGAUUUGGUGGCGCCCUGGCGGAGGCAGGAUGCCGUUCAAGAGCACGAAGGCCUUAGCUGUGGCAAGGACGACCUGACCAACAUCUUCGGCUGGACAGUGCAAGCCCUGCUCGCCGCUCUCGCAUUCACCUGUUUGAUCUUGAAACGAUUUUGUGAGCCUAGUCAAACGAGAAGACCGUGGCUCAUUUGGUUCUAUGACACUUCGAAGCAAGGCGCCGGAGCGCUGGUUGUUCACAUGGCAAACGUUUACUUGGCCAGCCGAUUCAUUGGUGAUGCUUGUACUUGGUACAUAAUCAGUUUCCUGUUGGACUCGUCGCUCGGCCUCUGUCUCAUUUACGUUGGCAUCAAACUUUCACAAUUCCUGGCAAGAUUUAAGCAGUGGGAAUUGAUCAAUUUUGGAGAAUAUGGCAAACCGCCGUCCUCAAAAGCUUGGCUUGCUCAGUGCGGAGUCUACAUUCUCCUAAUGAUAGUUGAGAAGGUCUUCAUAACACUUUUGGUCCAAUUUGAGUUUUGGGAGGGUGUCAGCCACCUCAUUCUUGCGCCUGUAGGCAACCCCAAGGUUGAGGUUACCCUGGUGAUGUUAAUUAUUCCAUUUUUCGUCAACAUUCUCAUGUUUUGGGUGACUGACAACUUUUUAAUGCAUCACAGUGCUUCCAGUGAUGCCCCCAAACAGAGAGCAAGUGAUCCGAGGCGUCCGUUCCACCGCGCCAGAUUUCGAGUGCAAAAUGCAAACCUCACCACGAGACUGUCUGAAGAGUCUGAGUCAGAAAUUCUACUUUCGGGAGAUGAUGACGUAAUAAGCCCGAGCGAUGCUGUCACAUCAGGGGCAGUGGUCGUUUGAAAUUAUUUUUGUCAGGUAAAUUUAAAAUGCAUUUCUGUCAAUAUUUGACUUUUUUAUUUAGAUAUGUGAUAGAAAAAUCUUGAUUCGUCUGCAAUCCAAAGAUUGGCAUAAUUAUUGUAUUUGUAAUGAUUUUUCACUGAUGCGUUUUGCUUAAAGAAUGCAUUGUUAAAUCUCUAUGGAAGGGGAUAUAUUUUUUAGUAUUUUAUAAUAUAAUGAACUACACCAUAAGUGCCAACAUCGUCAAUACAUAUUACUGGAAAUAAUGCAUUGCAAGUUUCGAAAGAGUGAUAUAUGAAUCUGAAUCCCUGAUCUAUUUUUGCUCUCUGAAAAAAACUUUGUUGUGAAAUAAAAUUAUUCUUAACUAAGUUUGAAAUUA